AUGGGAGGGGCGCAGAAAUCCUCGGUGUAUAAGAAAUGCCGUUCUCACAAGCAGGGAUUUUACACAGCAACUCAGGACGAACGAAAUGAUCUGCCCCAGAGCCGCUACAAAAUGCUGGAUGGACACCUACUCCUGGGAUGGUUAUCAUUCACCAUUAUAGUGCAUCUCAUCAGCUUGACUGGACCGAGCGCAGCUUACUUCGGGCUGACAGGUAAUGAACCCCUGUCCAUUCUGCCACUGAGCUCACAGCCAGAUGAGAGGGCGGGCAAGGCGCACUACAAGCUGUGUGAUCGACUCAAGCUGGAGAAGAAACAGCGCAGAAUGUGCAGACGGGACCCUGGUGUGGCCGAAACUCUGAUGGAGGCCAUCAGCAUGAGUGCCUUAGAGUGUCAGUACCAGUUCCGCUUUGAGAGGUGGAACUGCACCUUAGAGGGCCGCUACAGGGCAAACAUUUUAAAGAGAGGCUUCAAGGAGACCGCGUUCCUCUACGCCAUUUCUUCAGCAGGCCUGACUCACGCCAUGGCCAAAGCCUGCAGCGCUGGCCGCAUGGAGCGCUGCACCUGUGACGAGGCUCCGGACCUGGAGAACCGAAAGGCCUGGCAGUGGGGUGGCUGUGGAGACAACCUCAAGUACAGCAACAAAUUUGUCAAAGACUUUCUGGGUAAGAGGUCCAACAAGGAUCUCCGUGCCCGGAUAGAUAUGCACAACAGCAAUGUAGGAAUGAAGGUGAUCAAGGCCGGUGUGGAGACCACCUGCAAGUGUCAUGGAGUUUCAGGCUCCUGCACCGUGCAGACCUGCUGGAGGCAGCUGGCACCUUUCCAUGAGAUCGGCAAGCAGCUUAAACAACGCUACGAGACUUCAGUCAAAGUGGCCAGCUCCACCAAUGAAGCUACCGGAGAGGGGGAGAUCUCCCAGACACGUUCCCAGGGGCAGCAGCCCCCACCGGGCCCACGGCCGGACCCCAUUCCCCGCACCACCGAUCUUCUACACAUCGAGGACUCGCCAAACUUUUGCUGGCCCACCAAGUAUUCGGCAGGAACGUUGGCACGCAAGUGCUAUAAGGAUAAAAACUGUGAGGUAAUUUGCUGCGGCAGGGGCCACAACACUCAGAGCCGAGUGGUGACACGGCCGUGCCAGUGCCAAGUACGCUGGUGCUGCUAUGUUGAAUGCAAACAGUGCACUCAAAGAGAAGAGGUUUACACAUGUAAAGGGUAAAAAUUGACGUUGGAAUAGGUGGAUUCCCUUGUCCUGUUUCGGAGAAAGUAAAAAAAAGAUGAAAAGCACUUUUGGAGAGGUUUUGCAAGACUUUUUUUUGGUUUGUUUGUUUCCCAAGUGGAGCGGUGUGAAGGCUGUAUAAUAUACCUAGCCUAAGGGAAUGGUCCACAGUUUUGAGAGACAUCUUGGAACUAUACAAAAAACUUCACAGAGUAACUCGUCUGCCAAGACAUCAAUCAGCAGUAAAAAUUCAGUCCUGGACAGACAAUUGUUUGUCCAAUGAUCUGACAGUCUCUGAAUAAUAGCUUGAAACGUUUCAAGCUGUAUGUGCGAGAGUAUGUGUUUGUAUGUGACUGGGUUAAUUCCAAAAUAAUUCAUUCUGAGACUAAAUUUGCAUUGACGAAACGAUGGCAUCAGAUUUAUUCUACAUGCACAUGUAUUCAACACCCACACAAGAGUGUGUGUAUGCAUAUGUACAUAGAUAAAUUACAUUAUAAUUCUAUUAUAUACACCACUUAUCGGAGUAUGUUCAAUAACCACUAACCACACAAAUGUUUUAUUUUUUGUGUGCUUGCAUUCACUUUGUGUUGUAAUUCUCUUUGACAAGGCCUUUCGGAAAGCAAUACUUUUGAUUUGUGUCUUUCUGUGGUUAUAAUUUAUGGAACUUUGGAGGACUAUUCCUUUGCAAGGAACAAAAAUUAUUUGCUUUUUUUACUCUCAAUUUCCUUUUAUUAUUGUUUGCUUGACAGUGAAAAUAUUUACUAGUCCAUUUAAGAUUUAUCUCUGCCUUAAAUGAACUCUACAGAUGACUGUUCAGGGAACAAGUGAAACCACUAUGAACAAUUGGAUAGUAAAGAGAUACUGUAUUGCAAGCAAGAGUAUUAGUCUCCAUUAUUUAGGCCUCCACCUGACGACAGAUCUGUCCAUCCUCAUUAAAAGCUGCUGAUUCAUUGCUGUUAUCGCUGCAGCAGUGUUCUUCAGGCGUUGUUGGUUAUGUAUGCUAUGGUUCAUGGCCAUUUUAUGUUCUGUGAGUUUUACAGACAGUUUGAGGGUGUAACGAAGAGAUGAGAAUAAACAUGACAGCAAAUGUGAACCACCAGAUUCUGCAUUGGAAAAAGCGAAAUUAUUAGCUUUCUUAUUAGAAUUUUAUUUCUAGGGGGAAGUAGUUAAUCUCAGAGCUAAUACCUCUUCCGGCAUAUACUGAUGCUGGAGGAUUUGAUGUUGGAAAUUGUGGUGGAUGAUUUUUGACACCUGCUAGAUUUCAGUUGGGGAUGGUGGUCAAAGUGGGAUAGGCCCACAUACACACUUCUUCUGAUUCAAGUGAUUCUAAAUUCUGUCAUGAAACUCUACAUGGCACAUGCUGAUAGGUCCUUUAAACAUGUAAUCUGUUAGCCUGUCAACUUGCGUACUCUCGUUGUCUAACAUUUAAAUUGCCUCAGAUAUUUGCAGGUAAGCUGGUUUUACUGCAGUGUGCAACAAGAGUUUUCUCUCUGAAACCCUUCUUCUCCCCAGCACCACUGGUCUAGAUCUUUUUCAAGGGCAUUGUAUGUAUGUUAAAUUGUGCAGCAGAAGCGCAGUCUUCCAUGCUCAACACAGCAUGUCUGUGUAUGUUCUAGCAUUAGCAAGUCUUCAUACUUGCUCUGCAAAGGCAGGAGGAGCAGCAUAGCAGAUCUAGUCUGAAAAAAACAAAACUACCAACUUGUCAUAUCUAUUAUAACAUGUUACAUUUAUUCUGAGAGUUGAUAAAAUACAGUUGUGCUUAAUUCCGUUUUGUACACACAGAGUUGUAUUAUUUGCAGGAGUGACAACCAAAUUCGCUCUCGAAAACUUCAGUUAGUGACAACCUAAUUUUUGUUAUAUCCACAUAGCAUGUACAGAACUGAACUGAACAACUAUUUGUUAAUGCAGUGGCACCACUUUCUUUUGGACACUCUCAGCUAAUCUGAUGUGCGGUGCUGGAAAAAUCACAGAUUAAUUUUGGAAGUGACUCCUGUAUUCUGUACCCACAUUGAACUCUAGUUUAGGGAAUUCACUCCCACAUUGUAUGUGCAAAAAAUUGCAGUGUAUACAAGGCCAAAUUUUACUUCUUGAUUGUGGUUCUCCAAUCACAUUGUUAAUCAGCAGCAACUUUCUUUAGAAGUGAUUCUUCAAAGGUUUAAUUGAACCUAUUCACAGUUGUGGAGAUCCAAGACAAUCUUUGGUUCGUGUUAAUUUAUAUCCUCCUGUCAACUCCGUUAAUAUAGAUUGCCAUAUAUGUUUAUGUCCAUAUGGACGUGGGUGUCCAUAUAUACAUAUUGUAAAAAGAACACUGAAAUAUCAUAUUUUUUUGAAAAUUAUUUAAAAUGACCAAAUGACAAGAUCUAAGUUUCUGAUCGGACUUUUAGUCACUUACAGACUCUGACUCUGUCAACUUAGUGGCGGCACAAAUUUUGACAAUGUAUGACUUUGUAUUCAGAUCACCAGACUCUCUUGAAAUAAACAUAGUGUAAAUACAAAUAUAUAUAUAUAUAUAUAUAUAUAUAUAUAUAUAUAUAUAUAUAUAUAUAUAUAUAUAUAUAUGAACAUAUGACAAAAUAUAUAAAUGAAUUACAGUAUAUAUGCUUUUUUAUUGUUUUAGUUGAGUGUGAAUGAACUACUGAGUGAGGGAACGACAAAAAGCAAAAUGGCACCAUUCACGCACUGAAACUUGGAAACUCUCCCAUUAAGUAUUUAAAGACUUGUAUUUAUGAACAUAUAUGUGUUAUAUAUAUAUAUAUAUAUAUAUAUA